UAUUUUAGAAACGUCAAUUGAGCUGUCAACAUCGGAAGAGGUUAGUUUUUGGCAAAGAUAUGGAGUCCUAUAAAGUCUUCUCAGACACCUUCCAUGAUCUUAUAAAAGAUGGUGUGAACACAAUUCAACUUGAAAAAGAGGACGAAAUCGCUUUAGAACAGGAAUUGGAAACAAAAAAGCUGCAAAAUUCUUCGAAUCAAACUGUUUUAUCAUGUUCUUACUGCAAGAUAACAUUUUUAGAUUCAACGCAACAGCGGGAACAUUACAAAUUAGAUUGGCACCGAUACAAUUUGAAAUUAAAUUUGCUUUCGAAAGCUCCGAUAACUGAGGAGGAAUUUUUAGAUCGGACAGAUGAUGUUUCGAGUAUUUCUGGUUCUGAUAGCGAAGAAGAGCAAUCAUUAGAUACUUUAGCUGGUGCGCAAGGCAAAAUUUUCCUAAAAACAUCGACCGGAAAAGUGUUGGGGAUGUAUAAAUGCCUAUUGGGUAAUAAAAAAGAAGAUAUCAAUAAUGUUUCCGCUCUACAUUCUCUUUUGGAAUAUCAUGUAAACCCCCAAUGGGCUCUAUUUAUGUUGGGAGGUGGUCAUUUUGCAGGGGCUAUAUUUAAAAAUGAAGAACCUUUUUUGCAUAAAACUUUUCAUUGUUACACGGUUCGUGCGGGGCAAGGUGGGACUCAAAGUGCUCGGGAUAAUCAAGGAUCCCACCCGAAAAGUGCUGGAGCUUCAUUAAGGAGAUAUAAUGAAUCAGCUCUAAAUCAACAUGUUAAAGAUAUCUUAGAAAAUUGGAAGCCGGAAAUUGAUAAAUCAAGUUUAAUAAUUUGCCGAGCGGCUGGUCCUUAUAACAAAUCAAUUUUAUUCGGUGGAAAAACUCCUUUAUUAGAAAGAAACGACCCAAGAAUAAGAAAUGUGCCAUUUUCAACAAGAAGAGCAACAUUUACUGAAGUUAAAAGAGUUUUCGGUCUUCUUUCAACAAUUUCUCUAUUCGAUUCCGUUGAUAUUGCAACUCAAAUUUUAACAUCUCCUGGUUCACCAGAAAAAUCAAAAAGGAAUAGAAGUCGCACAAGAAAUAAUAACGUAAAUAGAGCGAAAUCUAGAGAAACCGUUGAAAGAGAUCUUCCGGCACAAAUUAGCAAUGUCACCGUUGAAGAAAAUAAGGUUAAAAAUGCUUUGGUUAAAUCUAAAAAGAAUUCCCCAAACAAAAUUGAAUUAAUUUCGAAUGAAAGUGGCGAAGAACUUGAAGUUGAAGAAUUAAUCGUUAAUUUUGGAGAAGAAUUAAAAACUUUCGAUGAUAGUUUAACACCAGAAGAAAGAAAGAAAAAAUCCAAUCGUAUUAAACAAAAAGCGAAGAAACAAAAAGAAAAAAAAUUUGCUGUAAAACGAAGAGAAGAAAUCUUCGAAUCAUGUAAAAACGGCGAUUUAGAUCUUUUAAAACGAUUAUUAACAGAGGAAAUUGAAGAAAAUCCGAUCAAAAAGUUAGAUGAUUUUUGUACCGACUCCGGAGAUGGUUUACUUCAUUUAGCGGCGAAAUACUUGCACGAAGAAAUUAUUAUUUAUUUAUUAGAAAAUAAUUGUAAUUUAUGCUCGAAAAACGAUAAACAAGAGACUCCAUAUACCUGCACUAAAGAUAAAAAUGUUAGGGAAUUUUUUAAAAAAUAUGCAGCUCAAAAUCCGGAUAAAUUUAAUUACAACAAGGCUAAUAUCCCAACGAAUACUUUAACACUGGAACAAAUCGCGGAGAAAAAGCGAGUACAAAGAAAAUCAAAAAAGGACAAGGAAAAAGAGAAGAGGAAAGAACAAUUUAUUCAAAAGCAAGAGCAAGAUGAGAAAAAUCGAUUUUUGAAGUUAAGUGAUCGAGAAAAGAGAGCUUUAGCAGCCGAAAGAAGGAUUAUAAAUCAAUCGGGGAUUGUUAUCACAAGAUGUUUUCUAUGCGCUUCGGAUAUGUCGGGAAAAGUACCUUUUGAGUAUAUGGGAAAUCGAUUUUGUACAAUAGAUUGUUUAAAAGCACAUCGGAUGCAACAUCCCGUUGUGUUAAGUACCCAAUAAAUUAUUAAUUAAGUUUUGAUUA